ACUGAAUCUCCUCUCUUUGCAGUUUAUCAGGUCUUUGAAAGCGUAGCCAAGAAAUACGAUGUCAUGAAUGACUCAAUGACUCUUGGGAUUCAUCGAGUAUGGAAGGAUAUCUUCGUGCAUAAAAUGAACCCUUCCCCAGGAACACUUCUUCUUGAUGUUGCUGGAGGAACAGGGGACAUUGCCUUUCGGUUUCUUAAUUACGUUCGCUCUGUACGAGAACGCCAGCUCCAACAGAAGCUUAAACAUCAUCAGAACCUAUCAUGGCAAGAAAUUUCUGAGAGUUACCAGGAAGACAAAUUUAAGUCACUAGGGGAUUCCCAUGUGGUGGUCUGUGACAUUAACAAAGAAAUGCUCAAAGUUGGGAAGCAGAAAGCACAGCAUCUUGGCUACUCCGAAGGUUUGUCCUGGGUGCUUGGGAAUGCUGAAGAGUUGCCCUUCGGUGACAAUAAGUUUGAUGUUUACACAAUUGCCUUUGGAAUCCGAAAUGUAACUCGCAUUGAUUUGGCUCUUGAGGAGGCCUAUCGUGUGCUGAAACCAGGAGGAAGAUUUCUCUGCCUUGAAUUUAGUCGUGUCACCAACCCUCUUCUUUCCAGGCUCUAUGACCUAUACAGCUUCCAGGUUAUCCCUGUCCUGGGCGAGGUUAUUGCUGGUGACUGGAAGUCAUACCAGUAUCUCGUGGAGAGCAUCCGACGUUUCCCCCCCCAGGAGGAGUUGAAGGCAAUGAUAGAAGAUGCAGGCUUUUUUAAAGUGGAUUAUCAGAAUUUAAACUCUGGCAUUGUUGCCAUUCACUCAGGUUUCAAACUGUGAGUCUACUAUGUAGCAAAACACAGGAAGUGUA